AUGAUUGCUAGACGAGACCGCUACCGUUGCACCUCACAGAACAUUUUCGAGGACGAUAAGGAACUUUCAAGAGAACAGGAAUGUAGGUUUCUAUGCCACACCAGCGGAUCGCGCGUUGCGGUCCCCGAGGCCGAGGCGACGGCCUGUGGUGCCUCGGCGGAGUGCUCACCUGAUCUUCCGGUUCCCAUCCUCGAGACGGCGCUGCGGGCGGAGAACGUCGGGCCGCCGAGGGGCGCGCCGCCCCCAAGAGUGGGCGCCGGGCAGAGCCUGGUGACGGUGGUGGAGGACGUGGCGCAGGUGGCGGGCGGCGACGCGGAUACGCUGCCGGAGGAUGCUGGUGAAGCGGCGAGCGUGAGUGCGGUAGACGCCAGGGAGGCGUGGUGGGGUGGCGCCAGCGGCAGCGGCGACGCUGGCGGCGGAGACACGCUGGCAGGCGGCGGCGGCGGGGGCGGCGGCGGCGAUGGCGGGCGGUGGCGCGAGUCGUGGGCUUCCGGGAAGAAGGCCGCCGGCAGCUGCAGUGUGGCGGGGCCCGGCGCCGCCCACGGCAGUGACAGCGGCAGCACCGAAGACAGCUCGGGCGCCACGGUGGCCGCGGAUUCGGGCGGCGGCGGCACGGACGCCGCCUCGGGCAAGUCUGUCGUCGGCGCUUCCGAGGGCGGUCGGAGGAGCCAGGGGGCGGGCGAUGGUGGGCGGGGGAGGCAGGGGGGAGAGCGGGGGGUGCCCACCGAAGAAGCCUCCAACGACGCCACCGUAACACCAAGUCUUUGCUUCCACAGGUCACAGAUUUUCCAGCUGAAGCACUGCCUUUCUCUCGUUUCCGGCCACAGCGCUAAGCCUCAGCUCAUGACCUCCGAUGACCCGAGGCGUGUCUCGAGGCGGGCUGGGGCGGUGACCUCUGCGAGUGACGGCGGCGGCGGCGGCGACGGGCAAGCGGCCGCGGUGAGGCCUUUGCCGCGUUGGGAAGAGAUUCUGUGCCGCGUUCACUCGCGCUGCACAAUGCCUAGAGCGAGCCCAGGCCUCCUGCACUUCUCAGCAGCCGCUCGCAGUCCGAGUGCCGAUGCAAAUGGCACUCCUAAUGGCUCUUCAUUAGCCCUCCAUUCCGGCCGAGGCUUCCACGUUCAUGAAUAG